CCACAGCCACGCCCCCUUCCAGGAGAGGGCGUGGUCUCUCGCUGUACACUCCACACAGACACGAAGACAACUUGCCGCUAAAGUUCCCACGCAUGGAGCCCACGGAGACCGUCGCGUAAGAAGGGAUGGAGGCGGAGGGGGCGGCGGGUUCCCUGGACCUGAGCCACCUGACGGAGGAGGAGCAGUCCAGCAUCCUGCAGGUCUUGAUGCGAGACAUGGACCUGCGGCGCUGCGACCAACGACGCGUAAGUGCGCUGCAGCAGACCAGGACCGACCCCAGGCUCCUGCGCACCCUGUCGGGGGCGUGGUUCAGCGAGGCGUCCGGCAGGCGCCACCGGGGCCGUGUGUCGGGCUCCGACCUCGUCCACGCCACCAUACGCCGCAGGACGCCAAAGUGCAGCGAUGCAUCGGUGGCCGACAUGUUCAACGGUGGAAGGGAGGGGGAGGAGCCGACGAGGAGCCCCUCCCUCCAGGGGGACGGACGAUUGAAGGAGUCAACAGAAGAGAAUGUCAAAAGUUGUGAAUCUCCACCCAGCAGGGAAAGUCCUCCAACAAAGGAGGCCUACAAGAGGGCCUCGGUCUCCAUGUGCAGCAUCCUCACCGACUUGGAGCCCGCGUCUCUGAAAGGCACCCACUUUCACUCCAGCUACACGCUCAGCGGCGGCGUGAGUCUCUCCAGCUCGGGGGUCUUCGGGGUGGUGGAAGUCCAAGGCCGAAUGCAGUUCUCGCUGGACUACGACGACCACAAGGAGGAGUUAAAGGUCAAAGUGCAUCGCUGCGAGGACGUUGCCUCUGUGGGGGACAACCGCUCCGACUUGUACGUCAAGUCUUACCUGCGCCCCGACAUGUCCAGCCGCAGCAAGAGGAAGACCACGGUGAAGAGGAGGACGCAGAAUCCCGUCUUCGAGCAAACUCUCAAAUAUAAGUUGCGUAUGAGCGAGCUGACAAGUCGCAUCUUGAACCUGUCCGUGUGGCACGCCGAGACCUUGGGCAGGAACGUGUUCCUGGGGGAGGUGGAGGUGGAGCUGGACCUCUGGGACUGGACCAGCACACAGCCGCUCUGGCAGGACCUGCAGCCACGGUUCUUCUUGAGGCCAGAGUGUGUCAGCAGUCGUGGCUCCCUCCUCUUGUCCAUUAAGUUUAUUCCAGAGGGCUUCCAGGGUGGUCUGCCGCUCACAGGUGAGCUCCACAUCUGGCUGCAGGAAGGUCGAGGCCUGCUGUCCAAAAAAGGAGGCACUGUUGACUCGUUUGUGCGGAGUUACAUCUUGCCCGACGCCGGCUGUCAGAGCGGCCAGAAGACGCAGGUGGUGAAGCGUGCCAUCAACCCAGCGUACAACCACACCAUGGUCUACGACGGCCUCCAAACCAGCGACCUGCAGGAGGCCUGCGCCGAGCUGACGUUGUGGCAGCGCGAGGGCUUGAAACUGCAAAUGGUCGGAGGGAUUCGACUCAGCAGCGGAACAGGUCAGAGCUACGGCGAGUCCGUCCACUGGAUGGACUCCACGGAGGAGGAAGUGUCUGUGUGGUCGUCCAUGAUCGAAAACCCCAACCAGUGGGUGGAAACAACCCUCCCCAUCAGAACCGACCUCGCGCGACGCUCCUCCGAUUGACAGGGACUGAAAAUCUUGUUACAUUUCUCAGUUUUGUGAUAUUUUCCACGUAGACGUUGCUGUGAACGAAUGGAUGGGAUUACCGUUUCAAGGCACAUCCUUGCGCUAGUUUUUAUCUCUCAUUACUGCAGUGACUGUGUUAUGUCAUUAAAUAGAAAACCUGU